AUGAAACUGUUUGGACUUUCUGUGGUGACUCUACUGGCCACAAUUGGCUCAGUGGUUGCCGACAAGCAGCUUGAAAACCGACAGUUGUUCCGAACCGUCGAUCUCAGCAAGAGCUACGUGCGUGAGUUCAUCGCCGUCAACGUGUACAACGACGGAACAUCUGAUGAGACAGACUACAUUGUGUCCAUCCCACCGGGUUUUGUGGAUGAUCUGGCCAAGCUAGACAUCAAGGAAUCGAGCCACGAGGCUCCUCUGAAGGUCAUUCGACUGGCUCGAGAUGAGCAUGGUGAGCAUUGGUCUGCUAUUCUGCCCGAGCCCAUCAAGCCCGGCUCUCAAGUCCAGCUGCAGUUGUUCCUGUCUUACGUCAACCAGCUCCAGCCCGUUCCGCAGACCAUCAAGCAGAGCGAACAGCAGCAUCUUGUUUAUGACGGUCUGAAGACCUUCUACUCGCUGUACCCCACAAAGAGCCAGACCAACCGGGUCAAGAUCAUGGCCCAGAACAUGCAGGAAAUCAACAUGGACGAAAACUCAACUCCAUCCACAGAGGCAGAGGGAGGUGCCCAGUACGGUCCCUUUGGCCCCAUGGGCUCUUUCGAAGUUGAGCCCCUGGUUCUUCGAUACGACUACCCCCUGCCUAUCCCUCGAGUAGAUUCUCUCAAGCGAGACAUCUGGAUCUCCCACGUUUCCAACUCCAUCGCCAUUGAGGAGUCUUACAACCUGACCAAUGCCGGUGCGAAGCUUGAUGGCUCUUUCUCUCGAACCGACUUCUUCGCCCAUCACGGCAAGCCUUCGUCCGCAUCUGCUUCCAUCAUUGAACUUCCCUUCACUCUUCCUCUGGGUGCCCAUGAUGUCUACUACACCGAUCUGGUUGGUAACGUGUCGACCAGUCACUUCCGAGGAGGAAAGGAGGUCUCUCUUUUAGAGCUGCGACCCCGAUACCCCGUGUUCGGAGGAUGGAACUACAACUUCACUAUUGGCUGGGAGAUGCCCCUGACCUCCGUGUCGCGAACCACUGGAGCAGACGAGUACGUCGUGGGUCUUCCUCUGCUUAACGGCCCUGUUGACGCACAGUACCGACAGAUUGAGUCCAACUACAUUCUCCCUGAGGGAGCUGAAAACGUCCAGGUCGUGACAUCGGAACCUGCUCUCUCCAAGGAGGAGUCAGUGACUUUUAGCUAUCUCGACAAAAAGGGCCGGCCCACUAUUCAGGUGCGGCAUGUCAACUUUGUGGAUCAGCACCGAGGUGGCAUUGUGUUCCUCAAGUACACUCUGCCCGGCUCUGCUGCCACCAUCAAGCCUAUUUUCAUCGCUACCGUUAUCGGCAGCAUUUUCCUGGCCAUCUUCUCACUGUCUCAGCUCGAUUUCACCAUCAGCCAGCGGCCCAAGAAGACCACCAAGGAAUAG